UUGAAAAAUAAUAAUAACAAUAAUAGCGGCGUCGUCGGUGGCUCCUUCUUCGCAGUUGGCUAAUUAGGGUUUUGGGGUGCUAGUUUUCUGCUUCAAUUUCUGCAACUGUGAUAAUAACUUAUGUUAUUGGCCACCUGUUGAGUUUGAUAUUACCUCAAAUUUGAAGAUUUGGUUUUCACUGUAAUUGGAUGAUUUUUAACAAGCCUGCAGAGAGCGCAAUCGUCAUUGACAUGCUGUUAGUGGUAUAAAGCCCAGAUUGUUGAAUUUUUGGAACUUAAUAAACCCCAAAGACUAUGGAUGGAAUCAUUUUAGGCAUGCCAGGGAAAUGGGCUGGCAGUAAUUUUGAAGCUGCGGACAUAUACACGACAAAAAUUGGAGGCCUUCCUGAUUGGCCUUCUAUGAUUGUGAAUGAGAGGCAAGAUCUGCUUGAGUGUAAUACUUGCCGGAACAAACUUUCUCUCCUUGCACAGGUAUAUGCUCCAUUGUCAAGUAAAUCUUCAGAGGUAGAGCGAAUUGUCUAUGUUUUUUGCUGUCUGGUUCCAGAUUGCCAGAGCCUUAGCUGGCGAGCUCUCAGAAUUCAGAAGAUUUUAAGCAAUGAGACAGUGCAUUGUCCUACUGUUUCAAUUAGUAACUCUGAGAAGGAUGGAUGUUCAUUUGGCUUUAUAGAGGGAGAUGCUAUGGAAGGUGAAGACGAAGACGACAUAGAUCUGGAGCAGUUGCAGAUGGCAUUUUCUCAGGCUGCAAAUAUCAGUCCAAGUGGAAAAAUGCAAAAUAAUGACGGUGACUCCAGUAAAAAGCAUCGGCUCACCGGUCACCCAGCCAGAUCUGUUAAUGAUAAAACACCAGUGAUGCCGUGCUUUUAUAUAUACUCUCAGGCAGAAAAACUAUCCAAACAAGUUACUCCUAAAACUUUUGAAGGCACUUUGUCCUCUCUCCAAGAAUGUAAGAGCAAUUCUGAAGAUAAUUCAGAUGGAGAAACAUAUGAAGAAGAGAAUUAUGAAUACGAUAGAGCAUUAAAUGCUGAUAGGACAUAUCUUAAGUUCAAGAAGCGAAUGGAUGCAAACCCAGAGCAAUGCUUUAGAUAUUCACAUGGUGGAAAACCUUUACUGGCUUCUGCGGAGGUGGGAGAUCCAGGGAUAUGCACACUUUGCGGUGGAGCAAGGCAUUAUGAGAUGCAGCUGAUGCCGCCUGUGAUAUACUUCUUGCAGGAAAUAGCUGACAAAGGACAAAUGAAAUCUUUAGAAAAAUUCGAUUGGAUGACUUUAUUAAUCUACACUUGCUCUAAGAGUUGCACAGGCUUAUCACAAGAAGGAAAAUUGGACGGCGAAGACUGGAUGAUUGCCGAGGAGACCGUUAUAGCUCAGUGCGAGUGACCUUAUGCCAAAGAAAAGUUCAAAAUUACUCUCCCAAUUGGAAUGCCAUGAAUGUGAAAUAUAUAGGCAAAUGCUUUUAUUUGUAAUUUAAGGCUGUCGAAUUCAAUUUAUUAACUGAGGUAAUAUAAGCUAGCACUUUUGACA